AUGCAUAUACAUUGCGAUAUAUUAAGCGUGUCUCAGGCACCAUUAGCAAACACGGAGGAUCUUCCUCCGGUUGGAAUCGAGCCCAGGAGUCUGAAGUUACUAGUCCAGCGCCUUACCGACCAGGCCACCACAGUCUGGAAAAAAGCAGAACUGCUGGCACAAAAUGGGGAAAUCGCACAUGGGUGGGUUAUGAUCCAGAAGUUGAGGAAAGACUUCUGGAACAGGUGGUCGAAAGAGUACCUCAACUCCUUGCAAACACGAGGCAAAUGGAGACAAGCAACGGCUAAUCUCAAGGUUGGACAACUUGCCCUCCUGAAAGACAAUUGCAGUACCACCUCUUUGAACUGGACCUUGUGCCGCAUCGAGAAAGUGUAUCUAGGUGAGGAUGGAAAAGCCAGAGUUGCUGACUCAACGAACGCCCCGGGUGCAGGCGCUCUCCAGUCAGCGAACGCCCCGGGUGCAGGCGCUCUCCAGUCAGCGAACGCCCCGGGUGCAGGCGCUCUCCAGUCAGCGAACGCCCCAGGUGCAGGCGCUCUCCAGUCAGCGAACGCCCCAGGUGCAGGCGCUCUCCAGUCAGCGAACGCCCCAGGUGCAGGCGCUCUCCAGUCAGCGAACGCCCCAGGUGCAGGCGCUCUCCAGUCAGCGAACGCCCCAGGUGCAGGCGCUCUCCAGUCAGCGAACGCCCCAGGUGCAGGCGCUCUCCAGUCAGCGAACGCCCCAGGUGCAGGCGCUCUCCAGUCAGCGAACGCCCCAGGCGCAGGCGCUCUCCAGUCAGCGAACGCCCCAGGCGCAGGCGCUCUCCAGUCAACGAACGCCCCGGCGCAGGCGCUCUCCAGUCAACGAACGCCCCGGCGCAGGCGCUCUCCAGUCAACGAACGCCCCGGCGCAGGCGCUCUCCAGUCAACGAACGCCCCGGCGCAGGCGCUCUCCAGUCAACGAACGCCCCGGCGCAGGCGCUCUCCAGUCAACGAACGCCCCGGCGCAGGCGCUCUCCAGUCAACGAACGCCCCGGCGCAGGCGCUCUCCAGUCAACGAACGCCCCGGCGCAGGCGCUCUCCAGUCAACGAACGCCCCGGCGCAGGCGCUCUCCAGUCAACGAACGCCCCGGCGCAGGCGCUCUCCAGUCAACGAACGCCCCGGCGCAGGCGCUCUCCAGUCAACGAACGCCCCGGCGCAGGCGCUCUCCAGUCAACGAACGCCCCGGCGCAGGCGCUCUCCAGUCAACGAACGCCCCGGCGCAGGCGCUCUCCAGUCAACGAACGCCCCGGCGCAGGCGCUCUCCAGUCAACGAACGCCCCGGCGCAGGCGCUCUCCAGUCAACGAACGCCCCGGCGCAGGCGCUCUCCAGUCAACGAACGCCCCGGCGCAGGCGCUCUCCAGUCAACGAACGCCCCGGCGCAGGCGCUCUCCAGUCAACGAACGCCCCGGCGCAGGCGAUCUCCAGUCAACGAACGCCCCGGCGCAGGCGAUCUCCAGUCAACGAACGCCCCGGCGCAGGCGAUCUCCAGUCAACGAACGCCCCGGCGCAGGCGCUCUCCAGUCAACGAACGCCCCGGCGCAGGCGCUCUCCAGUCAACGAACGCCCCGGCGCAGGCGCUCCCCAGUCAACGAACGCCCCGGCGCAGGCGCUCCCCAGUCAACGAACGCCCCGGCGCAGGCGCUCUCCAGUCAACGAACGCACCAGUUGCAGGCGCUCUCCAGUCAACGCCCCAGUUGCAGGCGCUCUCCAGUCAACGCCCCAGUUGCAGGCGCUCUCCAGUCAACGCCCCAGUUGCAGGCGCUCUCCAGUCAACGCCCCAGUUGCAGGCGCUCUCCAGUCAACGCCCCAGUUGCAGGCGCUCUCCAGUCAACGCCCCAGUUGCAGGCGCUCUCCAGUCAACGCCCCAGUUGCAGGCGCUCUCCAGUCAACGCCCCAGUUGCAGGCGCUCUCCAGUCAACGCCCCAGGUGCAGGCGCUCUCCAGUCAACGCCCCAGGUGCAGGCGCUCUCCAGUCAACGCCCCAGGUGCAGGCGCUCUCCAGUCAACGCCCCAGGUGCAGGCGCUCUCCAGUCAACGCCCCAGGUGCAGGCGCUCUCCAGUCAACGCCCCAGGUGCAGGCGCUCUCCAGUCAACGCCCCAGGUGCAGGCGCUCUCCAGUCAACGCCCCAGGUGCAGGCGCUCUCCAGUCAACGCCCCAGGUGCAGGCGCUCUCCAGUCAACGCCCCAGGUGCAGGCGCUCUCCAGUCAACGCCCCAGGUGCAGGCGCUCUCCAGUCAACGCCCCAGGUGCAGGCGCUCUCCAGUCAACGCCCCAGGUGCAGGCGCUCUCCAGUCAACGCCCCAGGUGCAGGCGCUCUCCAGUCAACGCCCCAGGUGCAGGCGCUCUCCAGUCAACGCCCCAGGUGCAGGCGCUCUCCAGUCAACGCCCCAGGUGCAGGCGCUCUCCAGUCAACGCCCCAGGUGCAGGCGCUCUCCAGUCAACGCCCCAGGUGCAGGCGCUCUCCAGUCAACGCCCCAGGUGCAGGCGCUCUCCAGUCAACGCCCCAGGUGCAGGCGCUCUCCAGUCAACGCCCCAGGUGCAGGCGCUCUCCAGUCAACUCCCCAGGUGCAGGCGCUCUCCAGUCAACGCCCCAGGUGCAGGCGCUCUCCAGUCAACGCCCCAGGUGCAGGCGCUCUCCAGUCAACGCCCCAGGUGCAGGCGCUCUCCAGUCAACGCCCCAGGUGCAGGCGCUCUCCAGUCAACGCCCCAGGUGCAGGCGCUCUCCAGUCAACGCCCCAGGUGCAGGCGCUCUCCAGUCAACGCCCCAGGUGCAGGCGCUCUCCAGUCAACGCCCCAGGUGCAGGCGCUCUCCAGUCAACGCCCCAGUCAACGAACGCCCCAGGUGCAGGCGAUCUCCAGUCAACGAACGCCCCAGGUGCAGGCGAUCUCCAGUCAACGAACGCCCCAGGUGCAGGCGAUCUCCAGUCAACGAACGCCCCAGGUGCAGGCGAUCUCCAGUCAACGAACGCCCCAGGUGCAGGCGAUCUCCAGUCAACGAACGCCCCAGGUGCAGGCGAUCUCCAGUCAACGAACGCCCCAGGUGCAGGCGAUCUCCAGUCAACGAACGCCCCAGGUGCAGGCGAUCUCCAGUCAACGAACGCCCCAGGUGCAGGCGAUCUCCAGUCAACGAACGCCCCAGGUGCAGGCGAUCUCCAGUCAACGAACGCCCCAGGUGCAGGCGAUCUCCAGUCAACGAACGCCCCAGGUGCAGGCGAUCUCCAGUCAACGAACGCCCCAGGUGCAGGCGAUCUCCAGUCAACGAACGCCCCAGGUGCAGGCGAUCUCCAGUCAACGAACGCCCCAGGUGCAGGCGAUCUCCAGUCAACGAACGCCCCAGGUGCAGGCGAUCUCCAGUCAACGAACGCCCCAGGUGCAGGCGAUCUCCAGUCAACGAACGCCCCAGGUGCAGGCGAUCUCCAGUCAACGAACGCCCCAGGUGCAGGCGAUCUCCAGUCAACGAACGCCCCAGGUGCAGGCGAUCUCCAGUCAACGAACGCCCCAGGUGCAGGCGAUCUCCAGUCAACGAACGCCCCAGGUGCAGGCGAUACACAGUCAACGCCCCAGAAAGAAUAUUUGAAAAAUAAGGGAAAGGGCAUACCUUGGGAGCCCGAGCCGACUCUUGGAGACAUCACUAGAAGAUCCGAAGCCGAUGUGCUGCUGACCGAUGGAGUUGAAUCCAUGACCGACAACACGGCUGAGCCACUGAUGGAGAGCAUCGGUGCAGUUACUAACGUGGUGGAGGCGGUUGCCGCAAACGAUGAGCAGGCAAUUGGCGUCGAAUCUGUGUCGGAUGGAACCAGGGAGCCACUCGAGGGGAGGAUUGAUGCUGUCGCUGCGGGAGUUGUGUCGUCUUUCGGCGUCGAGUCUGUGUCUGACGGUGCCACGGACUCCCCCGACACCGAUGGAUCCCCGAACUGUAGUCGCCUCCUGGUGGCAUCGAUGUUGGCCUCUCCAGGAGGAGUCGGAUCUACGUAUGGAGCCGACUCAGCGACUUCCUCCCUGACUGGAAUGCGUUCCAUCAAAUCUCGAAGAUUAGUUGCGGCAGCUUCCAUCUGA